CCUAGUGAAAAGCUGUAUCAAACAGCGGUGUGAAAGAGGGCAUUUAGAAAUGUCAUAUCUAGAUAACAACGAUCGUAGUUUUGUCAAAUUAGAAUAUUAUUCGAUUCAGUUUGUAUUGUAUUUGUUAGCUUUGAUUUAUAUUGUAGAUGUCGUAUGACUCUUCCAUUAAUGAAUUAAUUUUCUUUUUAAAAAAAAAAUAAAAAAAAUAAUCUAAAUAUUUAAAUCUUUAUUUUGGUCUAUUUGAAAUCCUUUAUCGUAAAAAGAAUAAAAUAAUAACAUUCCCCCAAAAGUAAAGUUGUUCUUAAACCCUUGAAAAACCCUCUGUAUUUCCCUUCCUAGCUUCCUCCCACUCUCUUUAAUCACAGAAAUGGCAAUCUCCAAACCCUCCUCAUUUCUCCACCACCUCAAAACCCUCCCUUUCCACCACCACCACCACCACCACCACCGCAUUUUCCGGCGCCAACCCCAAAUCUCCCUCUCCUUCCGCCUCCUCUCCUUCGCCACCCCCGACGACAUCGCCGCCGAGCGCCGCAAACGCAAGCGCCAGCUCCGUAUGCAACCCCCCUUAUCUCCUACUCGCCACAACAACAACCAACAACAACAACAACGAAAAUACCCUAUUUCAAACCCUAACCCUAAUUCCCCCAAAAUCCCUGAUCAUGUCUUCCUUCUCACUGGUAAUCGCCUCAAUUUGCACAACAAGAUUCUCAAGCUUAUUCGCGAGAAUGAUCUUGAUGAAGCUGCUUUGUACACUCGUCAUUCUGUUUACUCCAAUUGCAGGCCUACUAUUUUCACUUGCAAUGCCGUUUUGUCCGCGCUUUUGCGCCAAUCCAGGUACUCUGAUUUCUUGUCGCUUCAUAGGUUUAUUACUCAGGCUGGAAUUGCUUCCAAUUUGAUUACUUAUAAUUUGUUGAUUACUUUGUAUUGUGAGUGUCGGAAAGUUGAUACUGCUUUAGAGCAUUAUAAGAGGUUGAUUGAGGAUGCCCCUUUCGAGCCGUCGAAGGCUACCUACAGGGUUUUGGUCAAGGGGUUGGUGGAUAAUGGGAGGGUUGAUAAAGGGGUUGAGGUUAAGGAUGAGAUGCUGUCGAAAGGGUUCGAGGCGGAUGAGGUUGUUUAUGGGUAUUUGAUGAAUGGGUUUGCUAAGGAUAAGGAUGGGGAUAAGGUUUUUGCGCUUUAUGAAGAGUUAGGGGAGAAAUUAGGUGGGGAGGUGACCAAGGGGAUUGUGUUCGGGCCGUUGAUGAAAGGGUAUUUUUUGAAGGGAAUGGAGGAUAAGGCGAUGGAGACGUUUGAAAAGAUAAUGGGGGAGAAUUCGAAGGUUAAGAUGGAUGAUACGGCGUAUAAUUUGGUUCUUGAUGCGUUUUGUAAGAAUGGCAAGUUUGAGGAGGCGUUGAAGUUGUUUGAGAGGAUGAAGAACUUGCAUAAUCCGCCGUGGUUGUUGACUGUGAAUCUAGGAAGUUAUAAUGUGAUGGUAGAGGGGUAUUUCUUGGAAGGGAAAUAUAAGGAAGCGGUUGAUGUUUUUAUGAGUAUGGGUGAGAAGAAUUGUAGUCCUGAUAUUAUAUCAUUUAAUAAUUUGAUCGAGUUGUUGUGUAACCAUGAUUUGCUUCCUGAAGCGGAAGAAUUGUGUGGAAGGAUGAGUGAGAAGGGGGUUAGUCCGGAUGAGGUGACUUAUGGCUUGUUGAUGAGUACGUGCUUGAAGGAGAAUCGGCAUGAUGAUGCAGCGGGGUAUUUUAUGAAAAUGAUUGAUGAGAAUUUAAGACCUAAUUUGUCUACUUACAACAAGCUGGUUGAAGGGUUGGUUCAAGUAGGAAAAAUUGAUGAAGCUAAGUCCUUUUUUGACUUAAUGGUUCAGAAGCUCAAGUUCAAUUAUGCUAGUUAUGAGUUUAUGUUCAAGGCUUUGUGUGAUGUUGGAAGGGUUGAUGAUGUGCUCAAGAUUGUCAGUGAUAUUUUGGACGACGGGAGUAUUGACCUUAAUAAAGACAUGCAGGAAAUUGUCAAAGAUGGAUUGAGAAGGGAAGCACGAGAGGAGGAGGAACUGGACAGGUUGAUUGAGCAAAAGGAGAAGGAGAAGGAAGAAGCUAAAAGAAGGGAAAUUGAAGAAGCUGAAAGGGCCAAAGCCAGUGCAAAAGCUGCAGUUGCUUCUUUACUUCCUUCUAAGUUAUUUGGAAACAAAGAGGACAGCAAAGAGUCUGCAGCGCUUUCUGAAAUUGCUGAUACAGUGUUAAAUGAUGAAACACAAGCCAGUGGAGAAAUUGUACCAGAAGGCAAUACAGCAGAUGAAUCUGGGUCUAAGAGCCUUGACUCUGAACAGGCUACAGCUUGAUCUUCAAAUAAUCCGCAAAUGCAAAAAGGUCUUUCUUGGCUUCCUUUUUUAUGACACUGCCAUAUAAAAUCAUAGCUUUUUCUGUAAUAUGUUAUAACUCAGAUUUGUUAGCUAUAUUUUUUCACCUAAUGAUGAUCUGAUAGCUUUCAAGUCAUUUUGGCUAGUUUAUGAUAUUAGCUAUAAACCUGAUUGCAACUCACUGACUAACGCUUUAGUGGUAGUCUUAUUCAGACUACUAUCUGAUGCUCAAUUCAUGCUGCUGUUCUUGCCUCA